AGUUGUCUUGUAUGAACCAAUAGGCGACGGGCGGUGGAACAUGACGUUUGCUAUUGGUCGGUUCAAAACGGAGGCAAUUUAAAAGCUAACGUUACAUCCGCCUGACGUUGUCUGCAGAUCCAGCUUGUUCAGAGAAAAGACGGUAUCGGUGACAGGUCCGACAACAGACGGACACAAAUGGCCGACAGCGACUCCGGAGGCGCCGACGGACGCUACGAGUUCGACGCUCCGUCCCACGUCGUGGACUUGAAGGAGCUGGAGGUGACCGAGGGCGACGACACGUGGUUCGAUCAACAGGGCCGUGGAGCAGAUGGUCACCUUGUUACACCCUUGAGGCCCGAUUGGCCCUUUAUGAGAAGCGAUGCUCCCAACCUGCCCAGAGCCAUUGUUACUCCUCAAGUGAAGACAGAUGUGGAUACUGGUCCUGUCACGUCCGUGACUCCACCUCCAAACGUCGUCACAUCCUGGGGAGCUGAAGCUCAGACCAAUGCUCAGCCGAGGAGGAGGACGGCGGUGGCGAAUCAGCCUCCCGCCCAACCACGCAGGGUUUCAAAACGUAAAGAGGCGAUCAGCGGUUCAGCUCCACCACAGUCAGCUGCACCACCAUUAAAGAAACACAAAAUGAAUCCUGCUGCCCAACACGCUCUAAAGUCCAGUGGUGUCCUCCGCAGAAGUGUGCAGGUGAAUUCCAGGACUAGUCUCCGCAGAAGUGGACAGUUGAAUUCCAGGACUGCACCCAAGACCAGGGCAGCAGCUUCCAAUACUGCGAACACAGAGCCGUUCAGCUCUGAAGAACAGGAGCUGGAGCGCAUCAGGAACCUCCAGAAGGAAGUGGCUCAGCAUCGCAAGAAGAACGAGGCCAGCUACAAAGCUGCUCUGGCUGGAAAUCCACCCCCGAAGAAGGCGGCCCUGUCCACGACUGUGCCUAAAGAAUUCCAUUUCAACACAGACACCCGCGUUAAGGCGACUGCUUCAUCCAGCACGGCCCACAAGGAUGUUGACUUCAUCAGUCAGCUCCGCAAACCCUCCUCCCCAGUAAAGGCCAUGAAAGGCGCCACGGUACCAAAACCCUUCAACCUGUCGAAGGGCAGCAGGAGAAAGGAGGAGGGGCCCGGUGCCUAUGUGUCCAUGGCUGAGCAGAUAGAGCAGUUCCAGAAACGGACCCCCGACCGCUACCAUCUGCGCAGCCGCCAGAGUCAAGAGCGAGGGCCCUCUCCGGUGAAAGGAGACCACCUGAAGCUCACCCAGCCUCAUACCCCACAACUGAUGACCCGCCAGAGGGCCCGGCCCCCCACAGUUAAGAGCAGUGCUGACCUGGAGGAUGAGGAGGUGGACAAACUUCACAAGUUUAAAUUCAAGGCUCUGGAGCUGAACAGGAAAAUAUUGCAAAGUGCAGAGGAAUUGAAGAAGCCAGCGGUGAAGGAACCCACAGUACCUGAAGGCUUCGCGCUUCAGAUUGAGAAAAGGCUCCAGGGGAGACAAGCUUCCAAGAAGCCAGAGGAUGGUGAAGAGAAGCCACACAGCUUUAAAUCCCAGCCUCUGCCCAGAAAGAUCCUGGAAGGAGUAGUGGGACUCCCUGAGAAGAGAGUUCUGCAUCCGACUGUUCCAGAGUCUCCAGCUUUCGCCCUGAAGAAGAGGGUUCGUGUGGAUCGCAAAGUGGAGGAAGUCAAACAGCCCUCACCAAUCAAAGCCCCCCCAGUGCCUCACUUCGGCCUCCCCUUCCAGCCACGACUACCAGAGAAGCACCACGUGGAGGUCUGUCCUUUCUCCUUCGAAGAGAGGGAGCGAGAGAGGAGAGUACUGAAGGAGAAGAGGCUGGAGGAGAAGAGGAAUGAAGAGGUGGCUCCGUUCAAGGCCCAGCCGCUGCCACACUUUGACACCGUGCUCCUCCCGGAGAAGAAGACGCUGGAGCCCACGAAGCCGGAGCCCUUCAGACUGCUCCUGGAUGAGCGGGGAGCUGUGAAGAGCAGUCGCUGGGAGCAGAUGGUGAAAGAAGAACAGAAACAACAGGAGGAGGCGGUGACAUUCAAAGCCCGGCCCAACACAGUCACUCACAAAGAGCCCUUCCAGCCCAAAAAGCAGGAGCGGGCUGCAGCAGAAGUCCUUCACUCUUCCACAGCGGUGGAGGCCUUUGAGCUGCUGACAGAGCGACGCGCCCGCGAGCGGCAGGAGUACGAGCGACUGGCCAGUGAGAAGGAGGCUCUCAGGGCGCUCAUGGAGGAGGGGAAGAGACGUGAGGAGGAGCAGCGACAGAAAGAGGAGGUCGCCAUGCUGCGGCAAGAACAGGUUCACAAGGCUCGGCCCGUCAGACACUACAAACCUGUAGACGUGAAGAAGAGCGACGUUCUUCUCACGGUCCCACACUCUCCCAACUUCUCUGAUCGAUUCCGCAUGUGAUACAGAAAUCUGAGCUUUCAAUUCCUUUGCCAUCAGAUUGCGUCUCUACACUUGUACAUAGACUGUAUAUUUGAAACCACUGAAGCAGUUUUCUUUUUCCUGUUGAGUAUUAGAUUUUAACAACGUACUGAUUAAUCUUACCUGCUCUUUUUGCUACAUUAACUCUUAAAUAAAGGUCAUCAAAUACCA